AUGGUCACCAAAGUCGAGGUCGUCGAGCUGAAGUUUGGCAAAGUCAAGGUCGUCGAAGUCAAGCUUGGUAAAGUCAAGGUCGUCGAAGGCAAGGUAACCGAAGCCGAUGACGUCGAAUUGGAGGUCGUCGAAUUGGAGGUCGUCAAAGUCAAGCUCUUCGACUUGAAGGUCGUCGAAGUCAAGGUCUUCGAACUGGCGGUUGGCAAAGCCAAGGACGUCGAACUGGCGGUUGUCGAAGCCAAGAAGGCGAACUGGCGGUUGUCAAAGCCGAGGUCGUCGAAUUGGAGGUCGUUCAAGUCAAGGUCGUCAAAUCAGAGGUCGUCAAAUUGA